AUUAAGUUAACGCGUCGAAUUUUGGAAUAAACGUAAUACAGCAACAUCAGUGAAGACAAGGCUAAGUACUUAAAUGCACAAGCGGACAAAACGCUUCUAAGUCCUGCUUCGAUCAAAAGCAGGAUCCUUCUAACUACACACAAACACACACACACACACACACCCGUGACUGAACAUCCGUGAACGAAACGGAGCAACGAAUCACAUCCGGGUGCUGAGCUUAUAUUUACUUGUUUAGCACGUUAGUUUUUUCAUAAUUUUAGCAUUUUCGUGCCAGCAAGUUUGCAACAACAUCUACCUCCUCCUAAAUGGUGCCGAUCUGGUGUUAAUUAAUUUUUAACUAAUCUAUGGUUUGUCAAUCUAAUAUUAUAGUUUGUCAGUUGGAUUUUUAACGUCAUAUAAGCCCUCAUAUUUAUCCGGUGUUCUUGUAUAAUUUUAUUUAUUAAUUUAAUUUGUUUCUAAUCUUAUAUCGGCCCUUUCCCGGUUUAUAUUAUCCAGUGUUCGUUUAUUGGUGUUUUGUUUCUAAUUUUAUAUCGGCCAUCUGGAGUUAAUAUAUUUAAACCGUGUUAUUCUAAAAACUGGAGGGAGAACUACUUCGAUUUUUUAUCGAUGGAGAGUAUGGAGAAUCCUGAUGUUGUUGUGGAAUGUCGUCGCGAAAAUGGAGUGCGUGAUUGUGGCAUAACAAUAGCAGUUUCAGAAAGUCAAAGGACCCUGGAUUUCUCAAGCGCGGGCAGACGGAACGGAUGUGUUCACUUCGGCCAAGUCCUCCAAACCCCAGCUUCAGCUGGUUCUUCGAGUCCCGCAACUUUGCUUGAUCCCUGCAGUGUCGCUUCAGGUCAACCGGAGUUUAUCCUUUCCUCGUCACCGUCCCUCGCUGAUACGCAGCCUGUCCAUUCCAUUCCACGGGCGAAAGAUCUCAGCAGCGACCAGUUGAGCCAGGAUGUGCGCCACUCUGAGGCAAUGGUGGCCAGUCUGGAAAAUCGGCUGCUGGAGCGGGAGCAGCUGCAGCGCGAGAGCGGUCAGCAGAUGGAAGCGCUGCGCACUGCGUACGACAACGCGGUGGCCGAGAAGAACGAUGAGCGGGAGCGGCUGGCUCGGGCGCAGUUUCGGCUGCUGAGUCUAGAGCGCAAGCACCGAGAACAUAAACGGGAGUACAAGAAGCUUCUGCAGUCAGCCGAGGAAGAGAGGAAGCGCGGACAGACGGCGUACCAACAGCUGGAAGCUGAUAAAUCCGCAUCGGAGACCUCUUUGCACUACCGCAUCGCAGCUCUCGAAGAGGAACUCUCUUCACUGCGCGAAGCUCACCGCGACCUGAGGACUCAAUCCAAACAACUGACUAAGAACAGCCAGGAUGAAGUCUCUGUUCUGCGGCAAAAGCUAACGGAAAUUGAAUCGCUGCUAAUCCCCACACUGCAGUGCCAUCUGCCCAUCGAUGAGCGGUGUGCCGGGGAUAUUCUGCAGACAGGCUUUAAUGUGCGAAAAGUCGUCCUGAGGGCGAUGCGCGCACUGAGAGAGCUCAAGGCGCAACGGGAAAAGAAUGUGGCGCAGGAGGAUAAAAUCAGCCAAAUGAACGCGGAGUUGGCCCCUGUCCGCGUGAAGCGGAAAACCAGCACCAUCCAACGCGACAAAUUGCUUUCUACCGGCGUUGUGACCAAUUCCGCCCUGCACCCGGAGGAUUCUGUCGUUGUGGAAGUUCUUGGAAGAGACGGAGUGCUUCAGUGUGGAAAAGCAAUUGUCCGUUCUACAAGCAAAGUACUCGUAGACUUUUGUUGCGCAAACAAGCGGAGCGAGUGGAUUACUUUGGACCAGGCCUUCAUAUCCCGACUUAAUUUUUAUUAUGGUUACAGUCCGUUACGUGUCUCGUUUUACCACGAUCAAGGAGUCAAUGAUCAAGUGGAAGUGUUGAUGCAACAGCGCAAAACGGAGCCGUGGAAGUGGCAGCCCGCCACAGUGCUGGUUUUCGACUGGCAGCACCGGCAGUUCGCUUGGGUUGCCAUCCACCUGCCUGAUGGAGACGUCAAAACAAUCGUUGCCCAGGACAGGAUUAGACGCCCUGCUCCGAGGAUUUCGCUGGCCAGUGAACUUCAAGAGGAGACAGAAGAUGGAAACGCGGAGAAAUUGCGGCAGUUAUACAGUAAGACUGUGCUCCGAGGCGAAAAUGCAUAUUGCACAAAGGGAAAGAAACGAGGACACCGAGACGUGUGCCUGGCCACGGCGAAACGUCGAAAGGUGGAACGGGGCUGCAGGGAUGCCUUUGCUUCAUCAGUGCCAGGAGCGAUGCGGCCGAUACCUGCGCUUGUACUCGACGAUAUUAGUGGUAUCCGAUUCCUGCCAGUGGAAAUCUUAGCCGAGGCUCUUCAGUAUCUGCACACCGUGGAUCAAUGUCGGCUGCGGACGGUGUGCGCCGGCUGGAACGCCAUCCUCACAUCGAUCGCAGUCAAGAAUGUGCUGCAUAUCCAGUUUCCUUCCGAACAUGCUCCCCGGCGUCCACGCGUACCUUCCGUCGGCAGUGUUUACGUGGCCGUGGCCUGUGCACAUCACUGUUGGAGCAACCGCGCGGUUGCCAUUGUCGGCUCGCCAGUUGCCGAUAAUUCUACACAGUUAUCUGGACUGGCGAACUGGCCUUUGUGUGAUGGGCUUUUUCUUCGCGAGAUCAUACGAGGCGGAGCGGAGAAAUUUCCCAGGAAUCUAAUUAUGAGGGACGUUCGCUUUCACGUUCCGUGGAAUUCCAGUGAUUCCAUCAGCGAUCUUUGCUACAUGUUUGACUCACUAGUGGCGAUCUGUGGCACGCUUAUAGUCAAGAACUUUACCUGUGUCUUUCGCCCGUUUUUUCCGGAUGGCGGCGUGAGCUUCACCAUCCGGAUUCCAUUUGGGCGCAUGAGCAGCGAUCGGCGUCUGACUGUCGCCGACUGCUGGAACAUGUUUGAGCAACGCUGUCCGCUGCUGGAUGAUCAACAGAAGAGUGUUUUGUACACGGCGAUCAAAGAUAGCACUGAAGACGGCCUCCUUGAGAGGAAGCUAGUUAUGGUUCUGGAUUCAUGGCAGUCUGAGGAUCCUCGAAAAACUUCCACUUAUUUAAAGCCGUUUCCCGAAGGAGGCGAUCCGCUUGAGCUCGUCGAUGUGAACCGGCUUUCCCGAAUGGUCCAGUACAUUAUGUACUGUGUGAUAACCAAGACGAUAUCCAGCUUCGACAUUGCCUGGCCCACUUCUUAGUGGGUAUUUAUGCGGCAAGUUAAUAACCUUGCUGGCAUGAAGAAGUGACCCCAACCAAGAUUUAUUGGAGCAAUGGUCCAUUCAAGGACUACGCUGAAAAAU